GAGUAGCACGAAUCUAAUUCUGAACAUGCUUCCGGGCGUAUUCUAGUCUCGCUCUUUCUCUCUUUCUCUCUAGGGAGGGCACCAGUGGGCGGCAUCUCCACCAGUCAAGGACGCAGGAAGCAAAGUAUAAAAAAUUCCAACCAAACAUUUUCCGUCGUUUUUCCCUCCAUUCACGCAUCCAUCGCCUUUCUGUUCAUGCAACCCAGAAAAAUACUAACGCGCGAGCUGUACACCUGCAUAGGCCUUGAAUGGAAUCCCACCAAAAUAUCCCAAGGUCCAAAUACCAAGGCCCCAGGUCCAAAGUCUAAAAAGGGUGAAAACGAUCCGAGAAGCAUCUCAAGGGCGGAUUUUGUCUACUGAUUUAUCUGCAACUUGUUGUUGAUUUACUUCAAGACGUCGACGUGCUGUGUCUAAUACCUAAUACUUGUUAGCCCUCCUCCUUUGACUCCUCCUGCCUACUUCCUGCAUACCCACCAGCCUCGAGCCAGCCCACACCAUCCCAAAUACCCCUCCACCCUUCCCUCCCCCCCAGUCAAACAUCGAAGCAGCAAGACAAAAGAGGCUUGCACUGUGAUCCAAAGAGGAAACAUUUCUAUUUAGAAACACCCUCCAUCCCUCUCCAUCCCUCCCCCGAGUUUCAUGUCAGACACUUGACAUACCUGUCUACGGAGUAUACCUACGCAGCAUUACCAUCUCAAUCUCAAGUCCCUUUUCGCACAUUCCCCAAAAGCUGGCUACUUCCUUCCCACCCCCGCGAUACUAGAACAGACCUCGCAGACUUAUCCAUCCUUCGCCAAAAGGAAAAAAAAAAAAAAAGGAAAAACUCGUAUCAAUCUUCUCCCUCGCAAAUUUCCUCUACAAAUACUUCACACUCGCAAACAAUCCACGAGACUCCUGCAGGGAAAGAAAAGAAAACUUGCAUAUAUCAUCAUCAUGGUAUCAUUCAGCUGCGAGAAUUGCGGAGACGUCCUCACGAAGAAGAAACUCGACCCUCACCGAAAUCAAUGUCGCGGGGCUUCAUAUACUUGCCUGGACUGCAUGGUACAUUUUCAAGGCCUAGAAUAUCGCUCGCAUACGAGCUGUAUGAGCGAGGCGCAAAAAUAUCAAGGUGCGCUAUACAGAGGAGAGGGGAAGGGGAAGAAGGGAAAGCAACAAAGCAACCAAAAAAAUAAUUCGCAUAAUAAUUCUCACUCUACACCCGCCCACAACGCCUACGUCGAAGAUGCGCAAGAUGAAUACGACAAUUCGCAACACGCUACUGCCCCGGUACCAGAAGCUGCUCCUUCAACGCCAGCACCCGUCAAUGUAUUUGAUUUCCUCGUGGAUCCAACACCCAAUGCGUCGCGACUAGAUCUUCCCGCAGCUGAUGAGGUUAUGGACGAUUCUGAGCCUGAGCAACAAGUUCGUGACGAACCCAUGAGCGACAACGCAGAUAGUUCCGAAGCAGAGAAUAAACCUUCCACGGAUCUCGUACGAGUAAAUGCAGCAGAUAGUCCCAGCCUUACCAAUCUCGUCGAAUGGGGUUCUGGACCAGCACCUACCAACGGACCUUUCGAAACACCAGCGCCAAAAGCGAUUGAGUGGAAACCAGCCAAGGAACAUGAGGGAAAAUCGAAAAAGGACAAGAAAGAUGAGAAGAAGAAAGACAAGAAGCGCAAACGCUUACAUGUUGACACAUCAUCCCGCGAAGGCGAUGUCCCAAUGAAUGAUGCGCCACCAGUUCUUCAUUCAGGAUUGACCGCUGAAAUUGGCAAACUUCAAACCCGCCCUUCAGUCUUCCCUCCAUCGCCAGAUUAUUCCGGUGCCGAUGCUGAGAAGGAAUCGCCUAGCGCAAGACCCAAGAAGACCAAGGAAUCUAAACGCGCCAGCCGUGCUCGCACUCGUAAUGACACGUUCGGUAGCAAUUUGAUGUCCUUGAUUACCACUCGCCAAACUUCCCGCGAGCACUCAGAAGAUCGACCCAAGAAACGUAAGCACAAGCAUCGUACUAAGUCAUCUGAAAGACCCAAGAUGCUCGAAUACAAACCGAUGAACGGUGCUGGCGAUUCUUCUCCUGGCGAGAAUCAAAUGAUCGUCUACAAACCCCGUGCAGAGCUCCUCAUGAGUAUGGUGAACAAGGGCCCCAAUAGCGAGAAGGGUGUUUCUAUGAAUAAAGCAUUGAAGAGAUAUCAUCGCGAGAGAACGGCUGCUGGGCUAGCACUGGGAAAGGGGGAUGAGGAGAAGGAACUUUGGAGGAGUUUGAGAAUGAAGAAGAAUGAUAGAGGAGAGAUCGUCUUGUUUAUGUGAACAUGCAUCACAUUAAAAUGGGGCGCCAACAGAUGGGGCGGGGUGCGCAACGGAGAUCGAACAGAAAUGAGAGGAGGAGCAUUGUGAUACCAUAUUUUCUUCUUUCUUCUGAGAUGUAUGUUUUGGAUUGCAGAUUUUUGUUGUUGUUUGUUUGUUCUGUACUUGCACUUGUACUUUUCUCAUGCGCUUUUCAUUCUUGUUCUCGUUCUUGUCUUUGUUCUUGUUCUUCUUGUUCAUACAUCUAUCGUGUUUACGUUUUCUGCUGGAUUAUGCUUAUGCAUAUGCUGUUAAUCAUGUAUAUGAGGGCAUUGCGUGCGGGUUUGACUUCUAGGUUGGAUCGGAAUAGGAAAGGAUGGAUGGGCAUAAAUAAGUGUACGAGAUAUGUGGAAUUGAAUUGGAAUGGAAUGGGUUUGAAAGGGCUGGGCUAAACGGGACUGGCUGUAUGGGGAUUGAAUUUAUGUUUGAAUGUACUUUCAGGUACAUAUUUCAGGCUGGUUGGAUCCAGGAUAUCACGUUAAUGGCUGUGGUGUGCUGGCUUGACAUGCGAUGAGUAGGGAGUCAGAUGUAAUAAUGUGAAGGGGAUAUUCGUGGGUUCAAUCAAUCAAGCAAUCAAUCAGUCAAUAAAACGUAAACAAUAAAUGUCUUCCUUCUGAAAAAAUAGUUCCGGAAUCGGUAUUCCAUAUCUCGCUUGUAAAAAUGUGCUGGAAAAGUAACUCGAUGUGUAAAUGUAA